UCCUAAUCCAUCAGUUUAUCAUUAUCAUUCCUGCAACCAACACCGGAUCAACUAGCAGAGGCACUGCGAGCUCGCCAGGCUUCCAGAGCGUACAGGGUGGCCGAUCGAUCGAUCCACCGGCAAGCAAUGGCGGCGACAGGGAGCGCUAAGGGCCUCCGGUUCGCUGCAGCGUGCGGCGUCCUCAGCCGCUGCAUCAAGGCGGCGGACGCGCGGCCGGCGCCCACGGUCGUCCUCCCCCUCAUGCCCGGAGCGGAAGUGCCCGCGCAAGACGAGCACGCGGGUCCUGCGCCGGAGCACGCGCAGAUGACUAUCUUCUACGGCGGGCAGGUGCAGGUGCUCGACGAGGUCCCGGCUGACAGGGCGGCCGAGCUGCUCCGUGUCGCAGCUGCCGCAACAGGUGGCGACCUGCCCAUGGCGAGGAAGGCGUCCCUGCAGCGGUUCAUGGAGAAGAGGAAGGGCAGGCUCGCCGCGCGCGCCGUCCCCUACAGCCGGCCCGACGGCGAUGCGUCCUGUUACCGUCUCACGCUUACGCUCUAGUUCGUGUUCAAUCGUACUCUAGAGUAGCCUGAGAUGUGUGUAAUUUACGGUCGAUGUGUGUCUUUGCUCCCAAUUAUGAUCAAGAUUCUUGCUCUGAAUUAUGGUCAGAAAUUCC